GUCUGCUCCGUGGGCAUCAUUCGUGUCCGCGUCCUCUCAUUCGUCUCUGUUAACUUUAAAAAUAAACACGCUGCUGGUCGGGUAUCUCCCACGGAUGAGGAUCAUGCUAUCAUUAUCGCCAGAACCCCAGCAUUCCAGCUACGUACACAUCGUCUUCCUUGGAUCCCCUUUUUAAACCACUCCCACUCCACUUGUUCCUCUUUUCUUCAUCUCUUUCUUCAUUCCAUCUUUCUCCAUCUCUUCCUCAUCGCGGCUUCCCCUCAGGAAAAAACAAGAACCCCACCAAGCUCUUUGUAAUUCGAAAUCACCAAUAUCAGUAGCAAUGGCUCCCGUACAGACAUUCAAGUCCAAGAGUCCAUUCAAGAAGUCCAAUGACCUCUUGUUCGACCCCGCCUUCAUCCCCGCCGAGCUGCAGGACCCUCUCCCUUCAGGUUACGUCAUCAGGCCUUUGUGCAGGACCGACAACCAGGUGCGAUCCAACAGCUCGUUCCUCAAGACCCUUGAGGUCCUCACAACCGUUGGAGCCAUCUCAGACGCAGACUUCCAGAGGCGCUUCCAAUACCUCCAGGAUCACAAUGACCAGUACUUCACCAUCGUCAUCGAGGACAUGAACGUGCCCGCCACCUUGGCUGGAUCCGCCACGUCGUCAACACCCAAUUUGGUCACCCCAGGACGUGGCAAGAUUGUCGCCGCAGGAACUAUUGUUGUCGAGCGUAAGUUCAUUCGUGGUCUCGGCCUGGUCGGCCAUAUCGAGGACAUUGCUGUCUCGGGCGAUCAGCAAGGCAAGAAGCUCGGUCUGAGGAUUAUUGAGACUCUCAAGGCCAUUGGAAAGCAGCAGGGCUGCUACAAGGUCAUUCUCGACUGCUCCGAGAAGAACGUACCCUUCUACGAAAAGUGCGGCUUCGAGAGAAAAGGCGUGGAGAUGGGCUGGUAUGUCGUCAAGCCAACAGCAGCCAAGCUUUGAGUCGGCCCCUGUUCCCCAAUUUUUUUUCCCUUUUCGUUCAUUCCCAUAGAUAUCCCCCAAUGCAUGGACUAGCGUACACUUAUUCCCUCUUUUUUUCGCCUUAGUCUCAACUUGUAUUCGCCAUUUUACAUAGCCCGUCAUCUUUCUUCUGCAACAAAUAUAUCCCUGACACAAACAUCUACUGCUUCAGGUGUUCAUCGGGUUGUUUUUCAUAUUUGAUGUCUCGAGGCCCCACGCACAGAAAGAGCCUUGAUUCCGGGCCAGAAUUCAAGUUGU